CAACUCUAGCCAUAGACACCCUGGCUCACUCACGGCUUGCAGCUGGAUCGCCUCUAGCGUGGCAAUCUAUACGGAACUGGUGACUGCGAGUGUUCACUUAAGCGUUUGGGGUUGCGCUUCCACGGCUCACCUAGACUUUGACAAAUUUCAAUUUCCUCCGAGCAUCCAUCCACGUAUUGUUUGUCUUUCGUCAGUAACACGGUACACCCUCUCAUUGGCCUUCAUCAAAGAAACCCUUUCAUCUUCAUAUUCACCCUCAACACGCAGCAUGACACCCCCAGUAGUACCCCCAGCCUCUUUGGCCUCUGUAUCUUUAUCGACUCCAUCUUUGACGGCGCACUCACCUACAGCGGUAGGCUCGGAGAUAUUUCACGCGGAUCAAUCCCCCCUCAAGCUAAAUGACCCCUCCAUAGACUGGUCGCCGCCUUCAAGCCAGAAUACCUCAACCGAGAAGCCCUUCAAUUAUCUCUUUGAAAACAGUCCGCGAGUAUAUAUUCCUGGAAGCGAAGAGGACAAACAGCUAGUCCGUACUAUUGACUUGCACAUGUUACCUUGUAUAUGUUUUCUCUAUCUAUUGAACUACCUCGACCGGUCCAGCAUCGGAAACGCAAGAAUUGGCGGCAUGGGACAAGACCUCGAACUCAGCUCCGCUGAUUAUUCUUUGGCCGUAUUAAUCUUUUUUGUCGGCUACUUAUUGGCCGAAAUCCCCAGCAACAUGUUGUUAACCCGCGUGCGCCCCUCCCUCUUCAUCCCCCUUAUCACGUUUAGCUGGGGCCUGGUAGCCACACUACUCUCUGUGGUGAAAACCAAGGAGGGAUUGAUUGGGGUGCGGUUUGUACUGGGAUUUGUGGAAUCUGGAUUUUUCCCUGGUGUAAUAUUCCUCUUGUCCUCAUGGUACAGGAAAAGCGAACUUGCAAAAAGAAUCGGAUUUCUUUACACUGCGGGAAUUUUGUCAGGGGCUUUUGGCGGACUCAUUUCAGGAGGUGUUAUCACUGGACUUGACGAUGCUCGGGGAAUUCGUGGAUGGAGAUGGCUUUUUAUCAUUGAGGGAGCAAUAACAAUGUUUGCGUCGAUAGUUGUUGUGUUCUUCAUGCCUGAUUGGCCUUCAAACACGAAGUGGCUUACUCUGGAACAGCGCGCACUCGCAGGGGCUAGAUUAGCAGCCGAUCGACCUGCUCAUGCGCAAUCGCAAAUCAUCUUGACACAUUUACAAGCCUUUAAGGCUGCCGUGACAGAUUGGCGGAUCUAUUUGUUCUGCUUUAUGGAUUUGAUGAUCCUCAGCGGAACCACCAUCUCCUACUUUAUUCCCACGAUCACGCAAACACUUGGAUAUACUGGUCAAAUGGCUCAGUUCAUGACUGUUCCCAUAUAUGUAUGCGCAUGUGCAGGUAUCUUGGCCAUCUCACUUUCGGCCGAUUUUUUCAAAGAUCGUGUUUUCCAUGUAGCGAUCCCGACUGCGAUUGCUGGAGUUAUGUAUGCAACCUGCGCUGGAAUCAGCAGCCCAGAGGCUCGUUAUGGUCUCAUAUGUAUAGGAUUUGCAGGGACAUAUGGCGCCCUUCCCAUUGUACUUGCGUGGCUUUCAAGAGAGCUCAACUUUCCUGAUUCAAAACGCGCUGUCUCACAAGCGCUUGUAAAUACUGUCGGUAAUUCGGCAUCGAUCUAUGGUAGCUUCUUAUGGUCUGAUGCCCCUCAGUUUACCACUGGGUUUGUGUCAACUGCAGUCUUUUGCUUCAGUUGUGCUAUCGCUGCUAUUGUCGGACAUCUUCUUUUCACUAAAUAUCCAUCUCGGACAACUGGGUUGGACAGGGAUGCGAGAGUAUCAAUCGACAUCCAGCGUUCUAUUGGCCGGUUAGAAAAACCUAAACAAGAAGACCCUGUGGUUUAGCACGUACAUCAACUAUGUUUCGAAUCUGACUAUCAUUAAAUGAAAUACCAAACAAAUUCCAUCUUGG